GGAAGUACCCGCUGGAUAAAGAUUGCUCCUGUAAAUAUUCUAUAUAAAUAGAUUAGCUAAAAUAUUCCUCUGAGUUCAGUUUGGAGAAAUUGAUGUACAGUAUGAUCACUCCGACUGCAUUUUUGUGUUUCAUGUAACCAGUUUCAGGCACAUUUUUAUAAUCCCACAGGUAUAAAUUCUUGGCUGACCAGGAUAAUAUGGUUGACUCAGAAUGUCCUGCAUGGAGAACAUUGAAGUUUACAUCCCGAAGGGAGCAUGUGUCAAAACCAUCCCAGUGCAGUCCCUGUCCACCUCUACGGCCAGGAAGAUCGGUGUGUCUCGGCUUCAGAAUGGAUCUGAAACAUCAGAGAAACAGAUGUCACAAACAGUAAUGUGGAUCUCCCCAGUUGAGCUGCGGGAAAAAGAAGUGACUGUGGGCAAGGACAGCAGAGACAAGGUUCCAGUAGACCAGAGGCCACUGGUGACCAAAAUAACAGCAGGCCAGUUUUGCCUCCCUGUUGUUAGUUCCAGCAUCACUGCCUUUAAGGUCUUAAGAAAGAUUUUAACAGCACACAAGGCUCCAAUACGGCUUUCAGAGACUGUAAAUGACGCUACCUCUGUGCCGUGCAGCAGCAGGUCUUCUAAUUUACGUCAGAACGCCUUCAUCGUAUUUAACAGCCAGAUCUUCCUCUCAGUAAAGAAGCGUAAGUCACAGGGCAGGCAAGUGAGCGCUCAAAACUCUGUCUUGGCAUCUUCAAGUGUGUUACCUGUUUCUCCCAGCCCACUGGACCAGCAGGAUGCUACAUCUAAAUGUCAGGAAGAAGCAUUGAAAGACACUCCACCCUCAACACAUGAGAUUAAGAUUGAGAAUGUCCAGACUCCAGUCACAGAGGUUGACAACAACAAACAAAUAUCAGCAUUUCUGUACAAUGUCUCUAAAGACAUGCCUGAAAACAUGCCCGAGCAAUGCUGUACAGAUGAAGAGUGUCAAAAGGUGGAUGGGUCGACCUCAUAUUCCUGUUCACAGACUAGCCCAGCCCAAACUCCAGAGAAUCAAAAGUCCAAACAGAAUGUCUCUUUGGAAAUAUCUUAUUCCCAGCCUGAUAUCAUCCAAGAGUCCUUAAGCCCCCACACAUCAAGAGAGUCAGAACAGCCCAUGGAAGCAGAUGGAGAAGGAGAGACACUUGAUGAGAAUGAGUGUUUAGAGACUGCAGUGCUGCCAAAGGUUGAGAGCUGUCUUAUGUUUGAUUUUGACCAGUUGGCCAAGGAGGAGAGAAUCAACCACUUACGAGCUCGAUUGAGACAGAAGGAGGCUGCACUCAACAUAUUUAACUCCAAGCCGGCAGAUCAGAUGUAGAUGAUCUUACUAAAU